UGCGGUUCAACAGUCGCUAGGCCCACCCCAUUGUCAUCACCGCGAGAGUAUUAUGGAGGAAUUUCAAGUAAUGGCAAUGGGGCACCCGGAGAAGACACCACAAAUAUUAGUGCGGUUGCCAGGAGAAACGUUAUAAAUGAAUCGAAUUCAAAGAAACAACUCCCACUGUGCUAUUUGCAGAUUUGCAAACCAACAGAGUCAGUUCCUGUUAAGGUGGUGUGGAAUUCGGAGGCUAGGUGGGCAGUUGGGAGGAAAAAUUUCACAAAUAAAUCCUUUAUACUUGUUUCAACUUCAAACUAUCGCCAUUUAAAAUUAUCACAAAAAAAGCAAAUUUCCGUGCACAAGGAGCAAAAUUGUGUUGGCAAGUGUUGUGUUAAAUGCUUAGCGGCUAACUUUGAGAAGUUGAACUGUGACAAGUUCAAAGGAGACAUGUCCCGUCUGGCAAAGGAGAAUGGUUCAAGUACCCUUAGACGAUCAAAUAGUAACGAGGAUUUAGACAAGAAGAAGCCCUUUUCGCGUCCAUUCGGUAAAACACGCAUUGGUGAUAAUCCCACAAGUGGGGGACGCUCAGUGAGAAUGGCGAGUCCAGCACCCGGUGAGACGGCGACACUUUUGCGCCAAAAUCAGGAACUCAGGCAACGUCUGCAGGAGGAGGCAAAUAGCUACCGCAGACGCUUGGAUACGUACAAGCAGGCCCAACAGAAUCAGGCCAAUCUCGUGAGUCGUCUUCAAUCGAAGGUGAUGCAGUACAAGCAGAGAUGUACAGAUCUCGAGGGGCAGGUACAUGAAACUCUCCCUCCAGUGCCCUCCUAUCCAUCAAGGGGUGUUUGCCCGGGUACACCGACUCCAUCUCAUCAACCCAGUUCGAUGGCUGCUAUUCCACUUCCACCACCUUCAGGGCACUCAGCUAGUGCAGCACCCCUGAGUUUACCGUGUCCUGUUACAUGUGAGCAACCAUCACCGCCUGUGCAUAGCUAUCAUCAUGAGAAUGGGGAUGAUGUCGUUCGGCGCCUCGAGGAGGAGCGUCUAAGAUGCGAACAACUUCUUGCCCAGAAUCAGCUACUGCGGCAACAAUUGGAGGAAUCUCAUCGUACAAAUGAGAUGCUAACGACGGAUUUGCAGAAAUUAACAACAGAUUGGGAAGCUCUCAGAGAUGAUAUGUUGGCUAAGGAGAAUGAAUGGAAGGAGGAAGAACAGGCAUUUAAUGAUUACUACAACAACGAGCAUACGCGUUUGCUGCGAAUGUGGCGAGAGGUGGUUUCGGUGAAGAGGAACUUUAAGGACAUGCAGACGUCGCUGAAGACAGACCUCAAUAAGAUGCGCUACGAAAUGAUGGGAAUUAAUAGGGAGGUUUCUAGCGCCUGUAGUGGGGUGACGGUUAACCUUAAGCAAGCUAGUCGCUAUGAGGAAGCCAAUCAGAUGCAAAUUGAACGCGAUAAUAUGGAUCUCAAGUCGCAGCUGGCAUCGCUGAAGGUGCAGUAUGAGACGAGUAAGAUUGAGAUUGAGCAGAGGGAUCAGAAGAUGCAGCAGAUGAUGCAUGAGCUGAAGACACUCGAAGACCGCUGUAUGCAUGCUGAAGCUCAGGCAGCACAGGCACAGCGACUCAAUGAUGAAAUUGAGCGCCUUCAGCAUGCUCUGAGGGAUAUAGCUCAUGCUGUUGUCCAAGAUGCUGAUGCUUCAAAUGAUGUGGAACCCCCGGCUACCCACAUGCACCUCUCGCAGGGCUCUGGGCUUCCUCCAAGAUCUCCAAAGCGUGGAGGAUGUCGUACAUCUCAGGCUUUUGCCGAAGGUACCAUCUCUGCUGUCCAGGCGGCUCUGCACAAGUACCAACUCUCAAUUCAUGACCUUCAAGUGAAGCUACAGACAAACACCGAUGCUCUCAACAUGACAAAGAAACAAUUGGAAUCCACGGAAAAUACACGUGAUAUUCUCACGACAAAAUUAACAGAGAUGACCGAAAAGAUGGAUGCAACGAAUUAUCAACUUUCUGAGCUCUGCAAGGAGCGGGAUGCCCUGCAAAAAUCCCUGGAGGGUAUGAGAAUGGAUAAGCAAUCAAUGGAAAGGGGAAAAGUUGAAUUGAAUUCAAUGAUGGAUUCCCUCAAUUGUGACUAUGAGAAGCUCCAAAAUCACAACAGUAAAAUGCAGAAACUCAUUGAUUCACUCGAUGAGGAGAAGAAAAUUCUCGAAUUGGAGAUGCAGCGUUCAAUGAAGGAUAAAGAAAUUCUCGAAAUGAAUUUAAGAGCUGAAGAGGAACGUACAAGUCGUCUCAGGGAGGAGACAAUAACUCUUCGGGAAGAGCUGAAUAAAGUUUAUUUGUCGCGGGAUUUACUGGAGCAACAACGAAUGGAAGUUGAGAGUCUUUUAGCAUUGACUGAGAAGCAAAAAUGCGAUGUGGAAUUUGAGCUGGAGAAGAUGGCAAUUGAGAAGUCGGAAGUGUAUGAACGUCUUGAGAAGAGUAGUUGUUCCGGGGAUACGCUCACGCUGGAGGUGAAGAAGCUAAAGGAUCAAAUGGCAGAAGUGGAGGAAGAGCGAAAUAAGCUGAAGAAGCAAGCAUCGGAAUUAACCACAGAUGUGGCAUCACUGAAGAAGGAAUUAAUCUCCGCAGAGCAGGCUCGUCUUGAUUUGGAUUCCGAGAGACUUUCGCUGAGUGAGAAGUUGAAAUUCCUUGAGAUUGACAAGGAUAAGGUGGAACAGGAAUUAGUGCAGAUUUCCCGGGAACGUGGAGAUGUUACCAAUCAACUCACGGUUAUCACGCGCAAGAAGGAAGGCUUAGGUGAGGAACUAAUGAGACUCCGGCAGCGCAUGGAGCAAUCCAAUGAGACCAAUAGUCGGCUCAAUCGUAACCUUGAGGAUCUUGUCAAGGAGAAUGAGGAGAAAAUGGUGGUAAUUGAGGGGCAGGAGAAGGAUCUUCAGCGUCUUCAGGAACAACUUGCAUCCCUGAGGAGUGAAAAGGAAGCCCUAGAAGCUGUUCUCUUUGACACCAAUACAACCCUCGAAGCCACAGAGGUGAAGAAGGAACAACUUGAGCAUGAAGUGCAGGAAUUGCUGAUUAAACAAGAAUCAAUGAGAAAUCAAAUUGCACGUCUUACAAAAGAUCUCGAAAGUAGUGAACGUCGUGCACAGGACAUGAAGAUUCAACUAACAAAUGCAGCUGCAAAUCAAGAAGCGGAAUUCCUGCAGAAAAUUGCCAAUCUCAAGGCGAUGGCAGAAGAAAAUGCCAAGAAGCUCAAUGAGGAGAAGGAACAAAUAAGGGCUUCACUGGAAAAGCGCAUGCAGACCUCCCUGCAGGCUCUUCAGGGGGCAAAAGAUGCUGAAAUUGAGGCACUUAAGGAGCGCUAUGAGCAGCUGCAGAUGCACGUGGAGGCACUAUGUCAGCAGCAUGAGGAAGUAAUGAUAAGAGCGGAGAAUGAUAAGCAACAAGCUCUCAUGCUGGCUCAUAGGGAUAAGCAGGCAGUUGUUGAACGUCUCGAUGCCAUGUCCAGGGAUUUAAUGGCUGAAAAUGAAACAUCUGAGAGAUUGCGGAGAGAGGGUGCAGCUAGAGCUGAGAAAGAUAGAACGACAAUCAAUCAGCUCAGGGAGGAAAUUACACGUCUCAAAGCGAAGAUGGAGGAAUGCAGGCAAAAACACGAAGAGGAUCUCCACAAGUUGGAAUCCUACCUGAGUUCCCUUCGCGAAGAACGCGAAGCAGCUCAGAAGGAGAAUGAGGAACUUCGUGUUCAGAUUCGUCUCUGUGAGGACAGAGGUGAUUCCUUGAAUAAUCAAUUAAUUGAGACGGUACGAAAGCUCAAAGAAACUGAAAAUGGCGUUGAAGCUGCCCGCAAGGAACUAACCGACACAAGACGUGCUCUAGCGGAUAGUAAUAUUGAGAAAGACAAAUACGCGAAUACUAAUAGAGAUUUGAGGGAUCACGUGAAGCGUGUUGAGGGGCAACGGCGGGAAGCAGCUCGUCUUCAUGAGGAAGCACAGCAGAAAAUUGCAAGUUUGGAGGAAGCUCGAACUUCCAAUGAAGUUGAGAAGACACGCCUGUCAACAUUGCUGAAAGAAGCCGAUAACAAUAUCGCAAAACUCAAUCAAGAGUUGCAACAGGCUCAGAAUAAUUUGCAAAAGAUGUCCUCAAAUGCUUCGCAGAAGGAUGUUGUUGAGAAGGAACUCCAUGCACGUUUAACGAAUGAAAUGGAAGAGAAAGAACGCACGCAGGCAGAGUUGCAUCAGGUGAAGAAGCAAUUGGCUGAUUUGGAUGCAAAUCUCCAUGCAACACGUCAGGAAUUGGGUCGAUCGAGGUGUAAAUUGAAUCAGGAUGAGCACAGAUGGCACGGUAGGGAGCAGGAAUUGCUGCAGCGUAUGGAUGAGGGGAGAUGCCGUGAGAAGCGUCUUGAGGAUCAGAAGCACAACCUUGAGGUAUGCCUAGCUGAUGCAACGCAGCAAAUUCAGGAGCUAAAGGCACGCCUUGGUGGCUGCGAGGGACGUGUUCGUGCCCUCGAUGAGCAACUCAUUCAAACGGAGAGUGCAAAGAGAGAGGUGGAGAAUAGAUUGAGUUCUAUCGCUCACACUUUGCGACGCAUUGCGGGAAUUCAAUUGGACGGCACAGUGAGCCUCCCGUACCGCCUGCUCAGCCCAUCGAGGAGAUACAGCCCAGCUCGUGGGGGACAUGACUACGACUGCCGCAGCGUUGCAGGUGACGGACCACUCAUUGAUGUUGAUCCCGAGAUGGUGCGUAAAGGUGUGCGAGCACUAAUGCAACAAGUGGCUCAAAUUGAACGUGAGAAGGAUGAUUUCAAAGCUCAACUGGCUACGGCAAAGAAGCAACUUCAGGAAGCAGCAGAAGUGCAGUCAAAGGGGGAAAACAAGAUUUCAAAACUCCAGCAAAUUCUUCGUUCGGUUCAGGAGGAGAAAGCCAAUGUGGAGGCAAAAUUGAAUCAGAAAGCAUCAGCAUUGCAGGUUGUUGAGGAGAAUUUGCGUCAAAAGACCGAAGAUCUGAAUAUGUUGAGGGAGAAAGUCAAUAGUUUGGAGCUGUCGCUGGCUAACACGGCCGAAGAGCGGGCACAGUGUGAGGAACGUCUUGAGAAAUGUAGGCAAUCUGUGAGUCGGUUGGAGAGUGAAAAGCGACAUUUGCAGGAGGAGCUAGCAAGAUGCGAGAAUCGUGCAUCAAAAUUGGAUUUGCAGCGUGUGGCACUCGAAGGGGAUAUUCAGAGACUCCAGAUGGCCCUUCAUGAGAAGGACAACAACCUGAGGAGUCUCCAGGAGAGAUUUGAGAAUCAAGGGCGUGCAUCAACGCAGCUAGAAGACAGAUGUAUUGCGUUGAAGACGACCGUUGAUCAACUCAAGGAGCGCCUUCAGAGUGCAGCCAUCACAGAGACAGAGCUACGUGCAGAAAUAAAUUGUCUGCACAAAGAACGCUCAGAGCAGGGUCACAGUGUCCUUGCGGGGCAUGAUAAACUCAAGCAGAUCCAAAAGACGCUCAGCAAUAGUGAGAAUGAGCGACGUAUUCUUGCUGAGCGACUAGAAGCAGCUCAAAGUGCAGCAAAUGAUUUGAGGAGGACACAGCAGGGGCAGCAGGAUUCAGUUCAGCGCCUUCAGGAGCAAGUUGCAGAGUUGGAAGUACAGAAAUCAGCCCUUGAGUCACAGCUGAGGAUUGCAAAGUGGAAUCAGGAGAAUGCUGAUCAAAUCUCCGCAACAGCACCCAAUGGACCCGAUGGAGAUGCCCUGAGGCAGAUGCAGCGCGAGAGGUCUGAACUGAGAAAUCGUGUAGAUGCACUCAAUGAAAAAGUGAGAACACUGGAGAAUGAGAAGAGAAACUUGGAGAGAAGCAGCAAAUUCUCUGGUCAGGUGCAAUUUGAUAGAUCCGAGAAGAGUCUCUACGAUGGACGUGGGGAGAUGGAUUCGAAUCGUUUGGAGACAGACACAUCACAUUCACGCCACGGCAUGGGAGGAUCAAGCUUCAAUUGUGGCCUAGAUCAUACACUCAUUGAGCAGGAGAAUAGGGAUUUGAGGAUGAAGGUGAGGAGAUUGGAGACAAUGCUGGCGGAGAAGGAGAGUGAAUUGGCGAGAGCAAAGGCAAAAAUGGCUGAAAUCCCCAAAUGCCUUCCUGGAGAUGCGGAGAAGUAUCGUUCGGCUCAACUGCAGGCUGAACGUUUACUUGAUGCCAGAGAGCAGUCCCACCGUCAACAGGUGCUUCGUUUGGAAAAUCAGAUCUCCAUGCUUCGUGAGCAAUUAGCUCAGGAAGCUAAACGGAGGCAGCAUUACAUCUUGAGGAGUACAAGGGCUGGGAGAGAGAUGCAGCAGUUGCGUCAAACACUCGGGGAUAGCUUGCGUCAUGUUGCGCAAGAACCUCUUGAUCCCAUAACUCUCGAAAGUGAAACUAGGAGAUUGGAUAGUGCGGUCUCUCUGAGUUUGCCACCAAACUCCGGAAGAGAUUAUGAGCACCACCACAGUGGCUACAGUCCGCGCUACAAGUAGAACUACGAAGAAAUCACAUCUAGUCGGGUAUUAAAUUAAUAAAAAAAAAAUUAACUCCACUGCCGACUCUCAAGAGGAUAUUUAUUUAAACAAAAAAAAAUACGCUACAAAAGGAAAAAAAUGUGUUCAUUUUUUUUUCGACGUUCACAAAUUAAUGAAUUAAAAAACAAUUAGUCACAUGUUGAAGAGAAAAAGAAAAAAAAAGAAAUGAAUCAUAAGCACUGAUUGCACACACCAAAGAAAAUUCAGUAUUAAAUGUUUUUUGUCAAUGAACACGAAAAAAUUGUAGAGAGAGAUUUUACGCUUGAUACAACAAUAAAUAUUCUAAAAACACCACAAAAA